UUGUUUUCAAUUCGAAUUUCUCGUAUUGACGUUAACAUAAUCGAGAUUCACCGGCUUCACAACAUGGCGGAUAAAAAAGACGAAGGAAAAGAAACGCAAGAAAAAGAAACAAAGAAAACAGAGGAAAAGGAACCGGAAUUAUCUGAAGAAGAUAAACAGCUUCAAGAUGAGCUUAAUAUGUUGGUGGAAAGACUCAAGGAGUCUGAUCAACGCUUGUAUAAGCCUGCAUUGGAGAGUUUGCGAUCACAGAUAAGAGCAUCCACUACAUCAAUGACCUCUGUACCCAAGCCACUGAAGUUCCUACGGCCACACUAUGAUUCAUUGAAAGAAGUCCAUGAGAAAAUAAAGGAUGACGAGACAAAGAGAUUCUGCGCUGACAUCAUAUCAGUGUUGGGAAUGACUAUGAGUGAUGGCAGGGACAGCCUGAAGUUCAGACUCCUUGGAUCUAAAGAGGAAAUUGGCUCAUGGGGACAUGAAUAUGUCAGGCAUUUGGCCGGACAGGUGGCCCAGGAAUGGCAGGAGACAGAGGAAACCAACAAAGACAUGAGGGAGAACCUGCUGAAGAUGACCAAGGCAAUUGUCCCCUACCACAUGGACCACAACGCUGAGGCCGAGGCCUGCGAUCUCCUAAUGGAGAUUGAGAAGCUGGACUUACUGAAGAACUAUGUGGAUGAAAACGCUUAUCCUCGUGUCUGUCUGUACCUCACAAGUUGUGUGCCAUAUGUGCCAGAUCCAGAAAACACAACUCUGUUGAAGACAGCAGUGGAACUGUACAGAAAAUUUAACCAGUAUCCCCAAGCUCUACGUUUUGCCAUGCAGUUAAAUGAUAUUGCUCUAAUCGAAGAAAUCUUCCUCUCUUGCAAAGACAUAUUAAUGCAGAAACAGCUGGCGUACAUGUUAGGACGUCAGCAGAUAUUCCUUGAGCUCAGUGAUGAUGUGGAGGAAUAUGAUGAAUUAACCGAAAUCAUGUCUAAUGCAAACCUUAACAACAACUUUAUGGCUCUAGCCAGAGAGUUGGAUAUCAUGGAACCCAAAAUACCUGAAGAUAUAUAUAAAUCGCAUUUGGAACAAACCAGAAGUACAUUAGGACCAUCUAAUGUGGAUUCAGCCCGGCAGAACCUGGCAUCCUCAUUUGUUAACGGAUUUGUAAAUGCAGGAUUCGGACAAGAUAAAAUAUUAAAAGAAGAUGGAAACAAAUGGUUACAUAAAAAUAAAGAUCAUGGUAUGUUAAGUGCUACUGCCUCUCUGGGUUUGGUGCUCCUGUGGGAUGUGGACAGUGGACUCACCCAGAUAGAUAAAUACCUGUACUCAUCUGAAGACUUCAUUAAGGCUGGUGCAUUGUUAGCAUGUGGUAUUGUAAACUCUGGAGUGAGGAAUGAGUGUGAUCCUGCUUUAGCCUUACUGUCCGAUUAUGUAUCUCAUAAUACCAGUAUAAUGAGGAUAGGAGCCAUCGUCGGGCUAGGUUUGGCCUAUGCAGGAUCGAACCGAGAGGAUGUACUAGCUCUAAUUCUACCAGUGCUGGGUGAAAGCAAAGCCAACAUGGAGGUUGUUGGUAUGGCCGCCCUGGCGUGUGGAAUGAUUUCAGUGGGGAGCUGUAAUGGGGAGGUGACCUCCACAAUCCUACAGACCAUGAUGGAGAGGCCUGAAGCAGAUCUGAAGGAGACCUACAGCAAGUUCCUGGCGCUAGGCUUGGCCCUUACUUAUCUAGGAAAGCAGGAUGCUGUUGAUGCCACACUAGAGACACUCAAUGUGAUAUCUGAACCCCUGAAGUCAAUGGCCAGGAUGAUGGUAGAUGUCUGUGCAUAUGCAGGGACUGGCAAUGUAUUAAAAGUACAACAUUUAUUACACGUGUGUUCAGAGCAUGAUGAUUCCAAAGACCAGGAUAACAAUGAGAAGAAAGAUGAUAAGAAGAAGGAUAAGGACAAGAAAGAGGAAACCCCCAAUGCUGACCUGUCCAUGCAGCAGGGCAUUGCUGUAUUAGGAAUCGCACUGAUCUCAAUGGGAGAAGAAGUUGGAGCUGAAAUGUCUUACAGGACAUUUGGACAUCUGUUACGCUAUGGAGAGGCAGCCAUUAAACGAGCUGUACCAUUAGCGCUAGGUCUUAUCUCGGUGUCCAAUCCCAAACUACAAAUCCUUGACACCCUCAGCAAGUUCUCCCACGACAGUGACCCAGAGGUGGCCCAUAAUGCCAUAUUGGCAAUGGGAAUAGCUGGAGCAGGAACAAACAAUGCCAGGCUUGCUGCCAUGCUACGACAGCUUGCUGUGUACCACCAGAAGGACCCCAACAACUUGUUCAUGGUGCGUCUGGCCCAGGGACUCACCCACUUGGGGAAGGGGACCUUGACUCUUUGUCCAUAUCACAGUGAUAAAGCGUUGAUGUCUCCUGUAGCAGUGGCUGGGCUGAUGGCCGUUGUCACUGCCUGUUUAGAUGUCAAAACCUUAAUUCUUGGAAAAUCACACUACAUCCUGUACCAUCUUGUGUCAGCCAUGCAGCCUAGAAUGCUCACUACAUUUGAUGAGGAAUUACGACCUCUGCCUGUUCAUGUGAGAGUUGGACAGGCGGUGGAUGUGGUUGGACAAGCUGGAAAACCCAAAACAAUAACAGGGUUCCAAACCCACACUACCCCUGUGUUGCUGGCUUAUGGGGAGAGGGCAGAGCUGGCUACAGAGGAAUAUAUACCUUUGAGCCCCAUCAUGGAAGGAUUUGUGAUACUGCGAAAGAAUCCAGACUAUGAAGCUUAAAGUUCUCUGUGAAAUAUUGUCUGGAACAUGAACAUUUGUUAAGAAAUUUGUGUCUUGUAACAUUUAUACAUGUAAAUCUAUUGAUAAAAAAAAUCAAUAAAAACAUGAAACAAAAAAAAAA